AAUACCAACAACACAAAAAAUUACAAAUUUCAUAAAUUAGCAAAAUUAAAAUAAAAAUGGAUUCAAAGGGAGCUGCACCAAAUCAAGUUUAUGAAGAUUUUGUGCCAACUACAGAGUUGGUGCAAGAACAAGACUCUGAUACUCUUCUCCUUGAUCUCACAGGUUUCAGAAAGGAACAAGUGAGGGUUCAACUGACUAGAACAGGAGUUGUGAAGAUUAGUGGACAAAGGCCAGUUGCUGAGAACAAAUGGCUUAGAUUUCAGAAGGAUUUUCCUGUUUCACAAAAUUGCGACAGGACGAAAAUCAGUGCAAAGUUUGAAAAUGGCAUACUUUAUGUCAAACAACCAAAACUGAUAACAACUUCACCAGAGAAAAAAGAUCAAGAAUUGCCAACAUCUGAUCCUCAACAGCCCAACGACGAGCCACAACCAACGUCUCAGAAGAAAGACGAACAACAAACACAAGACGAAAAAACACAAACAGAAGAAUUGCCUAAACAUCAGGCUACUAAUGCUGAAAAGCCUGAAAUGGAAGAACAAAACACUAAAGAAACACCUGCUGAGUAUACUGGUGCAAGUAGCACUAUGGAAGAGGAAAAUAGACCGAGUUAUGCGUGUAAACUUGAUAAAGAUGCAUAUACUAGAACUGCAGAUGUUGUAGCUGAGAAGCUGAAGAUGCCAAGGAAAUUGAUGAACAUGACUCUGAUUGCUCUUUUGGUUCUUGGAAUUGGCCUAUAUAUCAGCAGUAAGAUGAAAUCCAACAAUUAAAUAGUCGUGUUUCGUCUAAUAAACAAAAACUAAGUUGGGAUAUUUGCAUUUCUCCCAGCUUAUGUGAGUGUAUAUGAAGAAAACUCACAGACUAUUGCUCCUUCUUCUUAUUGCAUUGCUGAAUUGUGUAAAUGAAACGUUCGUUUAAAAAAUUUGUAUCGAAUAAAAAUGCAGUAUGACAUGAUUUAUACUA